AUGCUAUGGAAUCAUAUGAAUAAAACAAUCAGUCAACAUCACCAAUUUACAGAUGCUGAUGCUUGUGUUGAUUUCGUAACAGACUUGGUCGAUGAACACAUUGUUCUCACUAUUACAGCCGAUACAUCAUCAAUUGUCGACGCGCCGGUAGUGUCCGUUUUCUCCGAAAUCCAUUGUAUUCAAUCGAUGCUUCUUAUUUACGUUAUGAAUAAUAAACCGUCGAACAAACUAUUUCGCUUCGACAGAAAAAUCGACGUUAGUCUCGAUACUGUUUGUAAGCAAAUGCAAAGUACUGCACUUAACUGCAAUGAUGAUGAUCAAAUUACUUUCAAUAUUAUGAAAAAAACAGGAGCUGCUAAAAGUAGCAAUAUGCAAGAAGCUGCAUUUAUGUAUUCACAAUUGUUACGAGAUAUUUUUUGUGAGAUGGAUACGCCUCUUGAAAUUAUGAUUGAUUUUUGCCGGGAAAAAUAUUAUGAUGAUAAAAUCUAUUUGAAGUUUAUUAAUGAAUUAAAAGAUCUCUAUUUCAAGCAAUCACCUAUUCAUUGGUACACUCGAGAUGGAUUUUUAUACAAAAUACUUAACGAUUCACUUCGUACUCUCGAUAUCAAAAAUCUUAUACAUUUGCGUCGCUAUAUUAAAGAUCUUCAUAUGGAAUUACUAUCACUUCACAAAAUGUCUAGCAAUGUAGAAUGGCCAAAGCUCUUUCGAGGUGUUCACAUGCCAGCAUCUCAAUUUAAUAUAUUAAUGCAAAAUCAAGGCUGUUUACUAUCUUUUAAUCAAUUUCUAUCGACAACUUACAAUCGAGAUUUGGCAAUGUUCUAUGCAGGUUCUUCAAAUGCAGAAGAGAAUUUAAUAGCUGUUGUUUUCGAGAUCAUUGUGUCGUAUGGUUCAUCCAAAACUACUUUUGCUAAUAUAGAAAAUUUAAGUAAUUUUGGUAGUGGUGAGGAAGAAGUUCUUUUUUCAAUGGGUAGUGUAUUUCGUAUUGAAACGAUCGAAAAAUUAAAUAACGAUGUCGGUAUGUUUAUUAUUCGUCUGCAUUUGACCGAUGAUAACGAUAUAUACUUGACGCAAGUAACUGAACAAUUUCGUCUCGAAAUGUUGAACAUUCCGCCUUACCAAAAGCUUAUACAUCUACUGUAUAGAAUGGGUGAAUAUCAGCAAGCCGAACAGAUUGCUUCAUUUUAUAUGAAACCUUUGACCGAAGGUCCAGCGGCGUCACUUUUCAACUGCAGUAUGGUCAGUUGGAUGGCUGGCGAUCGCGACAAUUCUAAUAAAAUGUGUAUCGAAGGACUGGAGCUUGAACGACGCACAUUAAGUUCUAACGAUCCAAAACUUAUUCAAACAUACCGUAAUUUAGCUUAUAUUUAUUCUACGAAAGGUUAUAUGAGAAAAGCUUUGGAAUAUUAUCUAGAGUAUGUUAAAAUCGAACGCGAUUCGCCAUCUCUUGCUAGUGCCUACGGCUCUAUUGGUAGAAUUUAUGAAAUGAAAGAAGAUUUUAUUAAUGCUUGUAUUUAUUAUAAACAAGCCCUUGAAUUGCGUUUGAAAUGUUUACCAGAAACACAUCCGGAAAUAGCCGUUUCUUAUUUACGUCUUGGCGUUAUUUCUUACAAACUCGAUUAUUAUUCCGAUGCACUCAUAUUCCUUAAAAAAAGUCUCGAAAUACAACAGAGUUCCCUACCCGAAUAUCACCCCCAGAUCGCUGAUACACAUCACUGGAUCGGAUCUGCAUUAGCUUUACAAGGAAACAUGCACGAAGCGAUAAACCAUUUCGAAAAAGCCAUCGCAAUUGGAAGCAAAACACUUGGAAUCGAACAUAAGCAAAUAAACGAAUAUAUCAAAGCUCGCGACUGUCUUCAUCUAUUAAUAUCCUAA